AUCCUGCCCUCCGGAUGUGAGUCAAUUACUCCCCAACUGCCCCAGGAUUCAACUAUGGACCAAAGCCGAACACGGGAAGUGCCUCAUCUGCCGCGAAAAGGAGCGAGACCGGGAGAAACAUCCCGAGCCCGAGUUUCUGUCUAUGGAUCCACGGAACCACUACGUCAAGAUUGACCCGAAACGAUACUUCGAGGACAUGUUCGGAUUCAGCAAAUGGGUAAAGCCUAAGGUCUUCCACACAAAAAUGCUGAAAAACGUAGUGGAGGAGAGGUUAUUCUUCCCAGCUGCCGAAGGCCAGCCGGCCCAUGCCAAAUUCUAUUCUGAGAUUCUCGCCCAGGGCCGCGGAAGCCUCACUGCCGCGGAGAAAGAACAGCUCGAAGACGUGGAACAGAGCAUUAAACGGCUCCAAUAUGCCUUGAACCAGGUCCCCGAGGAGAAGGUGAAAUGCCUUACCUUGAAUAGGCAUUGGCGUCGUCAGGAAGAGCUCAGCAAAUUCGAUUCAUUUAUUAAUGAGGAGCGAUGCAAACAGAUGGAGGACGACUUGAAGAAUCCAACACAUAUCGUGGAGGAGAUCGGCGAGGAGGGGACCAACGUGAAGAAGCCAGUGGAGAGGGAAUUGCGCCCAAAAGAGGAGUGAACGGGCGCCUCUCUCCCCUAUGUUUUCCUUAAGUCUUUCUUACAGUCUUUCUUUCAGUCAUUCUUUCAAUCUUUCUUCCAGUCAUUCUUUACUCUUUCCUUCUCUCUCAAGCUUCAUACCGGCGGGUGGAAAUGAUAAUAUGCGAGAGGCAAUGGUAGACUGAAAUCUUUUUCUAGACUUGGAAUUUCGUAG